UAGGGGGAGGAGAAGUGUAUAUUUUUGCAAAGCUUGUGAAGGGACAAGUGUCGGAUUCCCCAGUGAUUUCCCACCUCAAAUUUUCCGAAUUUCUCUCUAGGCGAUUGGCUCAGCAAACUGAAGGAUCCAAUGGCGGCCGCCGUGCUAUCUUCUUCUUCUUCUUCUCUCUGUUGCUACGCCUCCAUUCGCGAUAUUCGCAUACCUCAUCCAACUAAAUUAGCUUCUUCUUCGCGUCAAUUCAGCACCGCAUUCGCCACCGGUUCCCCUCUCUCGAUUCGGACACCAAUCUACCCGAGAAAGACUGCUGGUCUGAAUUCAACAUCAGUGUCUGUAAGAUGUGAGCAGAGUACAAAAGAAGAAGGCAGUGGAUUAGAUGUAUGGCUGGGACGGCUCGCUAUGGUUGGCUUUGCCGCCGCUAUUAGUGUUGAGGUUGCUACCGGCAAAGGGCUCCUAGAGAAUUUUGGCCUCACAGAUCCUCUGCCAACAGUGGCGUUAGCAGUAACAGCAUUGCUCGGAGUUCUUACUGCAGUCUUCAUCUUCCAGUCUGCAUCCAAGAACUGACCAAUCUUUUCUUUCUACAAUACAACUCAUAUUAACGCAACUCUACUAUGUAUGUACUUUUGAAGAAUGUAUGAUUGUAUCUACUUUCAACAUAGAAAUCAUAUUUGUUCUUAAGUGUAAAGAUACUGAUACCCUUCUUUACCACUUUUGUUCAUGAUUUUGUAUGGAUACA